AUGAAAACAACAAACGUACGUGAGCGAAUCGCCGUCGCCUCGUUUCUCAAUGCAAAAGAGUUACGAAUUAGUAACAUUCGAAUUCUCGAGGAGGCGGAGCAGAAGGAAAAGGAGGAAAGAAAGGGCAAAAGCUCUCGGCGCAGCUCAGCAUUUUGUUGCCUGGAUGUGAUGAACGGCACACAUACGGGCAAAUCUGCGGCCCCGGAGUGA